CGGAGAGAGCAGUCCUCCUCGAUCAGAAGACUGAUACAGUCGUAUCGCACACUGCGCUCUUCAGAUUGCAUAUUACACAUGUUUGUCUUCAUCUUUUCGCGGUAGGACGAUGGCUGAUAUUCACCAUUAUCCCGUUUUCUUUGAGUGCCGCAGCCUGCGCGCGGAGCAGAGGAAGGCAAUAGAGACAUAUUUCCGUAUUCGUCGCCGAUCAGGUGGAGGUGACUGCGGACCACUGAGGAGUGUGGACGAUAAGGUCUACAGUAUUGCUUUCAGAUAUGAGAGAGAUCAGCAAAAAGUCCUGGAGAGAGGCGAGCAUGUUGUGCAGCUCGCAGAUGGUCCUCUGGUGUUCACUGUCCGAGGCAGCCUGGACCCUCACACCCCAUCUCCCAUCACUCCAAGACAGGAUACAACAGCUUCAGCACAGAUCCCACAGUCUAUUCCUGCCUCAACUCCUCCACCAAGUGGUGAAGAAUAUGAACUACGACCUGAUACUUACCUCCUACGUUACCUAAAGGAAUGUCCCGAGGCCGGGGAAGAACUAGAGAAAGAACUUGCUUCUGUGGCCUGCUCUGCGCAGCUUUACCCAGAGGAGAGCAUGGUUUUAGUCAAGAGUUUAGCCCAACCUGGUGUUGUAGAUGAAGGUAGAAACUGGAAAGCUGAGGUAGACAAACUCUUUGAUGCCUACCUGUGCCACUAUGAGGUGGACCCUCACAAAGUCAAAGCUUUGCUUCAGUCCUGUAGUUCUCAUCAGACCACAGAUGAGGUGAAGGUGUACAGUGAGGGUGGGCUGGUUGUUGUGGUUGGGAAACGUUCUCAGGUGAAUGCGAGGUUGAUGGAUGUGGAGGAAUCAACUGUUAAACAUCGAGGGACACACUCAAUUAAGAGGCAAACCAGCAUUUGUAGACUGGGUGAGGCCAAACUCCGCCUCCUCUGGAAAGAGAUUGAGCAUGGUGUGGGACGAAAUUUUCCAGGAGUUAAGGUCACACAGGGAGAUGCAGGUCAGGUAGCUUUGGAAGGUUCUGUGGAGGAUAUUCUUAAGGCUGGAGAUUGGAUUUCUGAGAAGGAGAAUCUGGUGUUAGAAAGGACAGUUUCUAACAUGAGCCCACAUCUUCUGGCCUUCCUACGGAAGGCUUAUGGAGGUCCAAGGAUGCUAGGUGACUUUUUAGGGGUUGGUGACAAGGUGGAAAUAGAAUUACGAGACACAGAGCUAUGUGUCUUCUCCCACUCUGCUGAUAAACUGGAUGAUGCAAAAAAAGCACUGCAGGGUGAGUUCAAGGAAGUAAAGAUUAAUCUACCUACCUGCUCUGCUGUGCCAUCUGAGCUUCGGGAAAAGCUUAUGUCCAAGAAGAAUGAAAUGAACAAAGGGCAAUGUAGGGCUCAGGUCUUUUUUGGCUCAGACAGCGCAGUGUGCUUACUGGGUCAUGCCAGAGAGGUUGAAGAGCUGGGUGAAACUGUUAAACAGUUUCCUUUGCAAAGCACAGUCCAUCUCCCUUUCCCAGAGUUAGCACAAGAGUUACCAGAAUUUCUGCAGCAGCAUGGUUUUGACUAUUCAGGGGUUACCGUCCAUCCUUUAACCUCCUCCUCUGGACCCAUGGUGGUACUGGAAGGUCCAUCCAGCAAGGUGACUGAGGUCAGGGACAGGCUGGGUCUAUUUCUAGACUCCCUUGUUGAGGAUAGAGUCACCACUGACCUAUUGCCAUCUUUGAGUUUGAGUGGAGGUAACACAUUAGUUGCCAGCUACAGCCUUUGUGAUGGGCUCCAGGUGCUGGUGUGUCAGGGUGACAUCACCAAGCAGGAUGCUGAUGCCCUGGUUAAUGCUGCUAAUGAAGAUCUGGACCAUUGUGGAGGUGUUGCUGCUGCACUGAGUAAAGCAGGCGGUCCUGAAAUACAGAGGGAGAGCAAUGCCGUAGUAAAGUAUAUUGGGAAAAUUCCUACAGGUGAUGUGGUAGUGACCACAGGGGGGAAGCUUAACUGCAAGACACUGCUGCAUGCUGUUGGACCUGCAGCUGGAAGAGCAGGUGGCAGGGAAAGGUUCUUACUUGAAAAAACUGUCCAGUCUGCUCUGAAUUUGUCAGAAAUCAUGGAGUUGACGUCUAUUGCCAUGCCCUGUAUCAGCUCAGGUGUGUUUGGCGUUCCUCUCACUGUGUGCUCUGAGGCUAUUGUAACUGCUGUAAAAAGGUUUGGUAGUCAGGGAGGGCGGAGUCUGCGCAGAAUAAUCCUGAUAGAUAACAGAGGAGAGGUGGUGAGGGCCAUGCAGGAGGCAUGUGACAGGCUUCUCCAAGGGAUAAGUUCUGGAAACACUACACCAAGUGAGAAUGUGGAAUACCUGAUGGGUGCUGCUGCCGCCCAAGACACAGCGAAAGAAGCCAAUGCUGGAGAUCCCCGAGAUGGUGUCCAUGUUCAGAUUGUUCAGGGAACCAUUGAAACCCAGGAGGUGGAUGCCGUGGUGUCUCCUAUGGUUGGCCAUAAUCCUCUUUCUACCCGUGUUGGAAACACUUUGUUCGAAAUGGUUGGAUCCCAGCUGACUGCUAGGUUUAGAGAGGAAGCAGGAGAAGAUACGCUGCCUGGUGAUGCAGUUCUGGUUGAGAGCUUGUCUGGACUUCCAUCUAAUGCAGUGUUCUUCCUCAACCUCGCUCCCUGGGACAAUGACCCAGAAGGAACUGCAGUCGAGAUUCUGAGACUGGGCAUCAACACGAUCCUAACUUCUUGUGAGAGUAGAGGAUUUGCAUCGGUCACUCUCCCUGUACUCGGAGCUGGGAUUGCCCUGCGUUUUCCUAACAGUGUGGUAGCCAGGAUUCUACAGGAGGAAGUUCAAGCAUUUAUACAGAACCGAGCCAGUAGAACGCCAUUCCUGGUCCGAAUUGCCAUCCACCCAAAUGACACAGAGGCCUUCAAAGAAUUCACAAAUGAUAUUCAUCAACCAGACCAAGUGUCGACUACAAAGAGGAUUGUCCUGCUGGGAAAAACUGGAUCUGGGAAAAGCAGCCUAGCUAACACCAUAAUAGGAGAGGAAGAAACGUUCACCACAAACCAUUCUCCCAACUCUGGAACAAUUAUAUGCCAAACAGAGACCAGAUCUGUCAAUGGAAGAAGCAUCAAUUUGAUCGACACCCCUGGUUUCUUUGAUGCAAACAGGUCUGAGGAGGACAUGAAGCCUGAGAUAUUGAGUUGUAUCACAGAGUGCGCUCCUGGGCCUCAUGCUUUUCUCAUUGUGCUCAAAGUGGAUAAAUUCUCAGAGCAGGAGCAGGAUGUCAUCAGAAAAAUACUUCAGUAUUUCUCUGAAGAUGCUCUGAAGUAUGCCGUGAUUGUCUUCACUCAUGGUGACCAGCUCCCUAAAGGGAAGACAAUUCAAGAGUUUGUCAGCCAGAAUAAGAAUCUGAGUGAUCUGGUGAAGAAGUGCGGCGGCCGCUGCCACGUCUUUGACAAUAAAUACUGGAAGAACAAACAGCAGAAGAACUACAGGAACAACCAGUCCCAGGUAGAGGAUCUUCUUAACACAAUAGACAAGUUGGUGAUGGAAAACAAUGGAGGCUACUACACCAACAAGAUGCUGCAAACAGUGGAGGAGGAAAUAAAUAUAGAAGCGGGCCACAUUAAACUGUCAUCAGGACACCUGUCACCGGAAGAGGUCAGAAAACAGGCUAAAACUAUUGUGUCUGAUAGGUUUUUGGUCAGACUGGCAGGGACUGCAACAGGAGCAUUAUUAGGAGCUUUUUUUGGUCUGGCAGGGAUGGUUGGAUUAGUUAUCACAGCUGUGAAAAACAUUACGUCACCCCUGAACUUAAUGAAAAACAUUCCAGCAUUGAGAGGGACAGCCACAACAGCAGCGGCAGUAGGAGGAGGUGAGGUAGCAAUAGCAGCUGGAGCAGUGGUAGGAACAGCCUGUGUUACAGCAGGUGGAAUAAUUGGUGGUAAGAUUGGACUUGAUGCUGCUGAGGGAGCGAAAACACCAGGUGAGGCAGCACAGAUGGCAUAUGAGGCUGUUGUGGACAAGGCAAAAGCCACUUGGACGCAGAUCGAACAGAUGAAAAAACAUUAGUAUCACAUAUUAUUACUUUGUUAUUAGGUUGGUAUGUUACAGUUAUACCUAUGUACACAUCUACAAGACAAUAAGCAACAUUAGCAUUAAUUUGUCUUGUUUCUGGCCACCUGGCAAAUGUUUAUUCAGCAUUCACUCUCCUUUUAGCUCUGUUUUUGAUUCCACCUACUACGGAGGAAAAUAUUCUGCUCUUUAUUUGCUAAAUGCGCCACUAUGUUCACCAGCUCGCCGCUAUCAUUGUCCGUCUGUGAGACCGCUGCAGAAACAAAGUUGACAUGCAUUCGCGGCACCAGAAAACCUAAACAAUAACCUUUAAAGAGACUCAAAAGGCUCCACAGAACUGAGGGGAACUGCACGGUUGGGUGAUGAUGCUUUGUGGGUUUGUUUCAGAUCAUGUAUACACAACCGAUCCAUUGUUAGUUAUAAAAAAAAAAAAAAAAAAAAGAUCAGUGCAGCUCUAAAGGGACUAAUUUUUGAGGGCUGCGAACUACAACAGAAUGAAAACUGAAAAUGGUGGAGGGAAAUGUUAACGCUUUAAAAUCAAAUCUCUGUUAUUUCUACUUUUGUAAAUGACUUGUAAACUUUUGUAAUUGUCAUUUUAAUUGACUUUUGUAAUGCCAUCUUUAUAAAUUGAUAAUGUAUAACAAAUAUCAAUAUGUUGUAAGCAAGACCUGAUGUAUGAUUUGUUCAUUAUUAACAGGUUCAUGCAGUUAAUGAUUUAUCAUUAUAUGACAGUGAUUGUUUUAUAAAAUGUACUCUAACUUCAAGGUGUUGGAUUAGGAUUCUUUUUUUCCACUCAGCUCUUAUAUUAAGUAAGCCAUUGUUUAUUUGUUAUAAAUCAGAUUUUCAACAAUAAACGCAAUGAUUGUUUUUCUCAUUUGUUCAUUUUGUUGUUAUUAAAGUGUCGAGCUAAUUUA